AUGGCUGGAGAAGGCGCUGGUGCUGUCAAGGAGAUGACUACUAAGUUCGGGAAAUUGGACAAGUUUCAAGGACAAGACUUCAGGCGUUGGCAGAAGAAGAUGCAUUUCUUGUUGACAACAUUGAAGGUGGUAUACGUCCUGUCUACACCGAUUCCUGAACUUCUGGAGGAAGAAACUGUUGAAAAUAUAAGAAGCAGAUCAAAGUGGGAGAAUGACGACUACAUAUGCAGAGGACACAUUCUUAACGGUAUGUCUGAUCCUUUAUUCGAUAUUUAUCAAAAUGUGGAAUCUGCAAAGGAAUUGUGGGAUUGUCUUGAAGCCAAGUACAUGGCAGAGGACUCAUCCAGUAAGAAGUUCUUGGUGACUGAUUUCAACAAUUACAAAAUGGUUGAGUCAAGGUCUGUCAUGGAACAAUACAAUGAACUUCUACGAAUUCUUGGACAAUUCACACUGCGCGGAUUGAAGAUGGAUGAAACAAUAUCUGUCUCAAGUAUCAUAGACAAGUUGCCCCCUUCAUGGAAGGAUUUCAAACACAAUUUGAAGCAUGGAAAAGACGAACUGUCUUUGGUCCAACUUGGAAGUCACUUGCGCAUAGAAGAAUCUCUAAGAGCGCAGGAGAGUGACAAGGGAAAAGGAAAAGAAGUUGCUGGUCCCUCGGUUAAUAUGAUCGAGGAGGGUAGUAAGAACAAUAACCGAGGGACCAAAGGAAAGAAGCGUGCUUUCAAGAACAACAAAGGAAGUUUCGGUUCUAACAAGAAACCGAAACUAGAAUGCUGGUAG